AUGGGUUUCCUGUUUGGCUUCACGGAAGAACAACUAGAUCUGCCCGUUCCCCAAACCAAUCAAUCAUCCCAGAACCCUACCCAGACGCUUGAUGCCUUCCCCGUCGACGCAAACAAUCUGCCUCAGUGCCACUCGCUAGCCGACGUGGUCGCUAAGCUCCAAGACGUCAAGGUCUCGUUUGAGAAAUACACCACUGCCGGGGGUAAUCUGGUGUUCAGACGAGAGUUAUUUGAUGUCAGACACCAGAUUAUGGCUGAGGAUGUCGACCUGCCGGUGAGACAGCUCUUAAUCUCACUGAAUGGCGACUUAGAGAAGAACGUCUAUGAGGGCGGGUUCAAGCUGUGGGAGUGUCUGUACGAUGUCAUUGACUAUAUUCUGAGCCAAGGGUUGGGCCAGUGGCUGAAGCUUGUUGAUUUAGGCUGUGGCACGGCGCUACCCAGUGCUUUCUUAUUACCUCACCUCCUCAAACUGGAGCUGAGCCACACCGUCUACCUUUCCGAUUUCAACUACGAUGUGCUUGAACUUGUCACCGUCCCCAAUUUGAUCAUAAACUGGUACAUGACCACUGAUCCUCAGCUUGAAAGGGCAGAGGUUAUCCUUACUAAAGAAUUGCUUGAUCAGUUUCUCACUGCUCUUAAUCAAAACCAGGUGAAUAUUGAGCUUAUUAGUGGGUCGUGGGGGAGUCAAUUCAUGGAGAUAGUCCCUGAAGUGGACGUUGUGUUAACGCUGGAAACCAUCUACCAUGAAGAGACUUUACCUUUAGUGGCGGAAAUGAUUGGUAAAUGGCAACCUGCAGUGGCGGUAGUGGCGGCGAAGAAUAUCUAUUUUGGUGUUGGUGGUAGUGUGGCUGAGUUUGUUCGCUAUUUUAAACUGAUAUCGCCGAUGACGGUUAAUGAGCUCGAAGUCGGGCUGUCUCAAUUAAAGCGGUCCCUCGUGAUUAUCAAGAGACUGUGA